AUGCGCCAAAUUUGUUUUGUUUUAUUUCUGCAGUAAAAAAAAGUUCUCACCUGACGAAGCGUUUUUCAGAAGUGGCCGCCAUGUCGGAAAGCAGAGACGAGGUAGCAAAGAGGCUUCAUCUGUGGGCUUCAAAAGAGAUGCACUUCAUCCCUCAGGGGAAGUAUGUCAACACCCCAAUGCCCUCAGCUGAAGACUUUAGAGAGGUCUGUCGUGGUAAUCUGCUCCCAGUCUGGAAGUACGUCCUCAAGCAUGUCCAUUCCGCUCAGAAAGUUCAUAUGGUCAAAGGAAACCUCACACUAAAAACCCUGCUUAGCAAGAGUUCAGCAUACAGGGUCAAAUAUCAGGGAGAUACCAAGUUCUCAGCAGAAAGAGAGGGGCAGGUCAAGAGAUGGAGGGAACUGAAUGCCAAGGUGGCUGGUGUCAAGGCAGAUAUUCAUCACUUAGACCAGUUCUUGCAGAAUCUAGAGAAACAGAUUAUUUCAGCAGAGGAACAGUAUCAACAAAGUUGCGAUAAACUGUCAAGUAUUCACCACAAGAGGGCGCUGUUGAAACAGUACUCGACAGAUUGUAAAGCUGAUGCAGCCCGUUACAAGGAAUAUCAGAAACGGCUGGAGGGAAGACUAGAGCAGAUCCAACCAUCAGGAAGCAAUGAAGGAAAGACAGAUCAGAGAUAUUUCAGCCGCCAUGGUGCAAGAAGAGGAGAGAGAACAGACUCGCCAACUUUAGAGACCGCAUGCACCAAAAAUGUUAGGGACGCCUGCGGAGAAAUAACUGUAUUUCUGAGCCAGAUGCUGCAGGGACAGUUCAACAAUAAUCAACAGUCUUUACAAUCCACGAAAGACAAGAUCUGGACUGGAAUUGAGAAGGUCAUGGCUGAGAACCCGCCACAGGAUGUCCUCCAGUCUCUAGCAACCAUCACCUUGGAAACGACCCAUGACCUGAGACAGACCACGGCAAGUAUCGACAUCAAGGAAGAUGCUGAGGAACUCAGAUUCAGAUACGAGUCAGGCUCAUUAUACCAAGACACAUCAACGGGAACCAAUCAGCUACAGAGCGUGCACCAAAUGAUUGAAGAGAAGCAAGCUGCCCACAUCCAUACCUUCAAAGAAGCAGAGAAGUGCAGGAAUCGUGCCUGGAAGGUAGACAAGCAGUUGAUGGACACAGCAGCAGCUGUGGAUGGAAAACUAGCCGCUAUGUUCAGCAACAAUCCAGGUGCUCUGGAACUAGCCAGAAAAUUGUUCAGUACUGAGCUAGAGACAUUAUCAGCCAAUGCUGCCCUCCAGUGUCUGCGAAGCCUCAAGGGUGACCUUUCAGAGGUCGCUGCUACCGAAGGGAAAGCGAAGGAGGCCCUCUAUGCCAGGUAUCAGAAGAUACAAGAUUUUAAAGGACUGAGUGAUCAGAAACAGAACCUCAUUAGAGUCCUGGUCAGACAGAAUAUGGAUGGAAGAAAGAAGCUGGAGGAAAAACAGAAAGAGUUAGGGAGGUACAUAGAGAACAAGCUCAAUGCACACACAGCUGGGUCUACCGCCAUGACAACCAAGCUCAAGGAUCGCAUCACGAGGGAGGUUCAACUCUUUGCAUCUCUUCCUCUUCAUCUUCUCCAGAUAUCUGCUCUCGACAGUGGAGAUGAUGUGCCUGUUUGUCAGCUGUCAAUCAAUCGCCUGACUAACCAAUCACCAUCGGCAGGAGGCGGAAUAUUACAGGAGGUCCUGAGAGCUUUGAAUUACCCCAUGUACAAGGCACCUGAAUGCCUCUUUGCCUAUCUGUCAGAACUGAAAAUUGAGAUGGCGGACAUAGAGGGCAUCCUUGACUUCCAGAAGGUCCUUGGUUACUAUGGCGACAGCGAGGAAUCGGGUCACGACAUCAUCGCACAUAUCCAAGGGUUAUGUAGAGAGAUAGGGACUCAUGAUGAAGAACAGACUAGAAGACUCCUACCUGUCUUACAGAAAAGACUAGCUGAGUCUACCACUGCUAUGAGUCAUUGCAUGAAAUCUAGAGAACAUGUGGCUGCUUGGUGGGACCAGCCAGCGCAACAUUUGACCCCAUGGGUCAAGGUCGAAGGUCAAACCAUGCAGCAGUGGCAAGACAAGUGGACGAUGAUCGCUACUCGGAUCAGACAGCUGGUCAAAUGAACGUAAAACACCCUUUAGAAGAUGAUCGCUACUCGGAUCAGACAGCUGGUCAAAUGAAC